AUGAGUUGGUUUAGCCUGCUAGUGACACAUGACAAUUAAAUUUGCAAUAAGCCGUGAUAGCUUUAGUAUUUUAAGCUAUUUAGGAAGAGUGAGAAUGCGAUUACCAAAAAUAAAGUUUCAUACAAAAACGCCAUCAGAUUCGAAAUCAGCACCCCAAAAUAAUCUUGUUUCUUGUGUGAUUGAAGAGGUCUUGAGAGAGGAAAUCGGUCGCAGAUUUCAAAUGUUGAUUUCAAAUUAAAAAGAAACACGUAGACGGCGUGGAACUUCUUCGGAAUGAAUAAUGCAAAGUGUGGAACUGGAAACGGUGGCGUGCAUGCUUCUAUUUUCUAUCGUCACGCUUUUACGCACACUUCCUUGUUUUCCGCCAAUCACACGUCACGGCGACGAUGCCUUCACUGACCGCAGGAGUAGCCAAACAACACGCAGGUGUACGUUUGGGACCGCAGAGUUAAGAACACUGUUACGCGACAAACUGCAUAGUUAAAAUGGCCAUUAUAUUUGUGUACACUUUCUAAGCACACUGAGCAGAUCUCACCUUGCUUGAAUUCUCUCAGUUUGUCUUCGGGAACGUUCGUGUAACCCAACAGGGCCAGUUGCUCCUUAAUUUCCUCGUCUGAGAAGUCCAAUUUCUCCAUGGUGGCUUUUUCUCCCAAGGCAGGCAGGCAGAAAUACUAAAUAACUUUUAUAUGACUAUACGAUUCUCCACAUCUCCACUUAUUUGGAGCUUAGUCGCACCAAAGGCGUCAAACAAGUAAAUAACGAUUUAUUUCCGCUGUUAGACAACGUCAAUUUCAUUUAAAUGGCAUAUCUAGUGAGCCAUGUAGUCAAAUUAAAUGAAAAGUUGCGUACUGAAGAAGCCAGUCUAAGCUAACAUUAGCCGCUAGCUUGAAGUUAGCAGGUUUUUUUGUUUGUUUUUUUUUCUCACCGGAGCACGACGACGUUCUUUAAAGUCCACAAGACACGAACAGACACGCUCGUCGAGGACAACUUAGCGAGUCGUAUUAUUGUAUUUUCGCAUCCUUGUGUGUGGUUUUAAACGCGGAAGGCAGCACCAAGGAGACAACCGUUAACAAGCGUUUGAAAAAGACGCCGUGGAACUUCCUCUUCUUCUUCCUCCAUUUCCGCUAACUGCUUUCUGCCCCCUGGCGGCUGGAGGUCUUAACAGCAGACUGAGCCUUCUGAUGGUGAAUUACAGUAGUGUACUCUUUUAUUAUUUAUUUAUAGUUGAACUGUUGUAUGCCAAUUAAGGUUUUCCCUCAUAAAUGAAUGGAAAGUCACUUCAUUAAAGCACCUAAUGAAGAUGAUACAAUUAUGUAGCCCUACAAAGAUGCUCAUUAUUGUAUUUGCAUGCAUGCUAGCAUACUUUGAGCGGUUUGAGAAGAAAAUUAAUCUUUUUAAACUCCCACUUGUUUUACUCAAUGGUAUUUUAUUGACAAUAACAUUUUGUGAUGCUAUUUGUUGUUGAGUGGAUGGUUUAUUAUUAUAUUUUUUAAUAAACAGCAUGUGUGCUAUUAUAGCACCAUCCACACAUUUAAGAAACUCUUUAGGAUCCACUGAAGUUCCCUUCCAUCCUCCUCCUCCUCCUCCUCCUCCUCCAUGAAUAAACAGCACCUCCUCACAUCCUCCUCCUCCAAGCAGCCUUUCAUUCGGGGUGGGAGUGCGGGAUUCUGACAGGUGAACCAUCAGCGUUCCCGUGGCUAAUCAGGGAAAAAAGUGGACUCGUGUCGUCUUGGUCACUCCUGGGAAGACCAUGGACCUGUCCAGGACGUUUGGGCAGUCUUUGCUGCUACUUUUAUUGCAAGUUCUUCUGAUUUGCUCGGCUCAGAGAGGCCCGGUCGGACCAAGAGGCCCCCCAGGACCACCCGGAAUACCUGGUGUGCCCGGUGUGGAUGGCAUCGAUGGCGACAGAGGAGUGGACUCCAAAUUGAAUGGCGGACCAGGUCCUGAUGGACAAAACGGCAAAGACGGAGCACCUGGAGCUUCAGGACUUCCGGGAGCGGAUGGACCUGUGGGACCUCCUGGAGAUGCAGGUCCAGCAGGUGUAAAAGGAGCAAAAGGGGAUCCCGGACCACGAGGCCCAGCCGGGGAGCCAGGUGUCGGGCAGGAUGGCCUGGAUGGCAUCCCGGGAACAGAUGGACUGCCAGGAGAAAUGGGAAAAGCUGGUCCCCCUGGAGUCAGAGGCAAAAGGGGUCCAGUGGGGGCUCCUGGGGUUGCUGGACCUCGGGGUCCACCUGGCAUCUAUCAAGGUGAAGAACUGUGUCCCAGCGCCUGUACCGCUGGACUUUCAGGACACUCUGGCCUCCCAGGCAUGAAGGGUCACAAAGGAAUGAAGGGUGAGUCUGGUGAGCCUGGAAGACAAGGACACAAGGGCGAGGAGGGCGAGCAGGGACUGCACGGGGAUGUUGGAUCUCAAGGACUUCCAGGCCCAGGUGGACCUAAAGGCCUCGCAGGAAUAACAGGCUCUAAAGGUGAAAGGGGACCACGGGGGAAACCUGGCGACGCGGGACCUGGGGGCGGCCAGGGACCUCCGGGGGACGUUGGCCAGAGAGGAGCCAUUGGAGAAAGUGGGCCGAGGGGGGUGCAGGGUGAACAAGGUCCUUCUGGGAUCAGAGGAGUACCAGGACCUAAGGGAGAAGCUGGACUUCCUGGUCCGGAUGGUCGGGAAGGAAUACCUGGACUGCCAGGGUCAAAGGGUCUUCCUGGGAAGAAUGGCGCUCCUGGUGAUGCUGGCGCUCAAGGUCUUCCUGGCGUUCCAGGCGCUUACGGCCAAAAAGGAGGUAGCGGUCCAAAGGGGAUCCCAGGUGACCCAGGAGUUGCUGGACUGAUGGGCUCGCCUGGAAAGCAAGGCGAGCGCGGAGACCAGGGUGAGGCCGGUCCUGUUGGACCAAGAGGAGGACCAGGUGAACGAGGAGAAAGGGGACAUGACGGACCACUGGGGUCACCAGGAGGCAGGGGAAUCAAAGGCAACAUGGGCCUUCCAGGACUUCCAGGACCUGCUGGAUAUCGAGGACAGAAGGGUGACAGGGGUGCAGUGGGUCUGGACGGUCCAAAAGGAGACCAGGGGGGUUCAGGUGCUGAGGGAACACCAGGAGAGCGAGGAGAACUGGGCGAUCAAGGAGAACCAGGAGAGAAAGGAUCAACCGGACCGCCAGGAGAGACCGGCAAUAAAGGACCAGAGGGAGGCAGAGGGCAGCAGGGCAAAGAAGGCAAGCCGGGCCAGCCGGGACCACGAGGCAUGCAGGGUGACAUGGGGGUGCCUGGCCUACCAGGGGGACAGGGACCACCGGGAAAAUCACCAAGCGACACGCACAUCAAACAGGUCUGCAUGAGGGUCAUGCAAGAGCAGCUGGCCCAGCUGGCAGCCAGUCUGAGCAGACCCGAGUCUGGCAUCGCCGGGCUCCCCGGACCCCCCGGCCCACCCGGACCUCCCGGUUCUACCGGUGAGAAUGGUUUUCCCGGACACCCCGGAUCACGAGGAUUACCCGGUCUAAAGGGACCGCCUGGGCUGCUCGGCCGUAAAGGACCUAAAGGUGAUCAGGGUGACCGAGGGGACAGAGGACCCACCGCCAGGGGCCUCAAAGGAGCUCCAGGUGCUCCUGGUCUGCCAGGCCAGCCGGGCAGGGCAGCUUAUGGCUCAGACGGUCGUGACGGCGAACGGGGGCCUCGCGGCACUCCCGGCAUUCCCGGCGUUCCCGGACCUCCUGGGCCCGCGGGGCUGAACAGCUACUGCGAGCCGUCGCAGUGCGUCCUCCCCAUGGUGGCGUCGCCGGUUUCAGCCAAAGACUCCGGCAUGAAGGGUCCCAGUGAGAUGUGAGAGGUCCCGGGUAAAUGUGGACCAGAACUGAGAGACAAGUCCAAGAAGAGUGGUGUCCUGAGUUCCUGCCUGGAGGGGACAUGAAGAAGGAGGUCAGCAGACCUUCAUUGAAGGACAACUACACAAUCAUGUCCAUCAGAACCAGUCAGGUUCCUCUGUAUGUUGAUGUAAAUGUGUCAAUACACUCAAUUUACUGCUG